AUGCGCAGAUGGCUCCUCUUACACAAACGUCGCCUAACACGCCGUCAAUACACCGGCGCGCUCUGCUUCAACAUCUGCUCCUUCAUACUCCCCGCCUUAUACGGCACCCUCGUAAAGCUAUGGGUAGCAAACAUCGACUCCAAAAUGGUCGUAACAACAGACACAUACACAUACAUCACCACCAUAACAGAAGUCAUAAACGAAGGCCUCCCCCGAGCAGCAUGGUCCACCAUAGGCGACACAUCCACCUCCUACACCCACCGUCUAAGCCUGACGUAUACUCUCAUCCUUACCCAGUCUCUCCUCGGUCUCCUAAUGUCCAUCGCCCUACUUGGCUCCGCGGAAACAUUCGCAAAGGGCUUCGUACCCAUUGAAGUGCGCCGCAAAAGCAUCACCUACGUGCGAAUCAGUGCCUUUUCCGCCCUCAGCAGUGCUGUUGAAGCGGCUGUUGCUGCGUCCACGAGGGCCCUCGACAGACCGGACGUGCCGCUGGUGCUGAGUAGUGUCAAGUUCGCGGUGAAUAUCGCCUUGGAUAUGCUUCUCAUUUCGACGUUUCAUGUCGGACAUCACACGCCGAGUGUGAAUAUGCAGGCCGGUAUUCAAGUUACGUGUAAUUUGGUCGCUGCGUUCGGUGGCCUGGUAUACCUGAUGCUGAAUAGGCGUCAAAAGGAGGGUGAACCUUCAAGGGUGAAGCCGUCGAUUCAGGCACUGAAGGUGUUGAUCCCCCCCGGAAUACCGACAUUUGUAGAAUCGGCAGUUCGGAAUGCGCUGUACCUGUGGCUGAUUGCCAACAUUGCCGGCAUGGGAACAACAUAUGCCACCGCGUGGAGUAUCUUCAACACAAUACGCUGGGGUCUAAUCAUGGUUCCAGUAUCCGCGCUGGAAGCAACGACUCUGACCUUUGUAGGGCACAAUUGGGGCCGUUGGAAGAGUCAGGUUGUUUCUAAUGAUAUGGCUAACCAACAAGUGAGCCUGCGUGAGUUAUUUGCUGUUGCCAAACCCGCUUUCACAUCAGUUGUCAUCGCUCUCAUCUUCGAGACGCCGAUUUGUCUCAUUCUCUCGCUUUGGGGAGCAAGGCCGUUUGCCAAAUUUCUCAGUGGAAGUGACCAAGUUGCCAAGGUGACAGCCCAUAUGUGGAAGACCAUCGACUGGUGUUACAUCUGUUAUGCAGUGUCGACGCAGCUAGCGGCUGUUUUGUUAGCAACGAGACCAAAGUGGUAUCUUUGGCAGAGUCUAGCAAGUAAUUUGCUGUAUGUGCUGCCCUGGGCUAUUGUUUGCCAGGUAACACAUUUGGACGAGACUAAUGCUUGGACAUAUCAUGCACUCGUUUUUGGUGGGAGUUUGGUCUUCAGCUUUUUUUGCGUCCCCAUCGUACUAGGACUCUGGGCGUGGGUUUUGAAAACAGGACGCGCUCAUUUGAAACCAGCAAGGCAAGGAGACUAA